UUUCUCCGCUUGACUUUGCUGUGGGAAGUCAGCCUCAGCCUAUUGGAAAGUAUAUCUAUGCCAAUACCAGUCUUCGGCCUACAGGAUGAUUCCAAGGUCUUUAAGGAAGGGAGUUGCUUACUUGCGGACGAUAACUUUGUCCUGAUAGGCUCUUUCGUGUCAUUCUUCAUUCCCUUAACCAUCAUGGUGAUCACCUACUUUCUAACUAUCAAGUCACUCCAGAAAGAAGCUACUUUGUGUGUGAGUGAUCUUGGCACACGGGCCAAACUAUCGUCUUUCAGCUUCCUCCCUCAGAGUUCCCUGUCUUCGGAAAAGCUCUUCCAACGAUCGAUCCACAGGGAGCCAGGGUCCUAUGGCAGGAGGACUAUGCAGUCCAUCAGCAACGAGCAAAAAGCUUGCAAGGUGCUGGGCAUUGUCUUCUUUCUGUUCGUGGUGAUGUGGUGCCCAUUCUUCAUCACGAACAUAAUGGCCGUCAUCUGCAAAGAGUCCUGCAAUGAGGAUAUCAUCGGAGCCCUGCUCAACGUGUUCGUUUGGAUCGGUUACCUCUCCUCAGCAGUCAACCCACUGGUAUACACACUGUUCAACAAGACCUACAGGUCAGCCUUUUCCCGGUAUAUUCAGUGUCAGUACAAGGAAAAUAAAAAACCACUGCAGUUAAUUUUAGUGAACACUAUACCAGCCUUGGCCUACAAAUCUAGUCAACUCCAAAUGGGACAAAAGAAGAAUUCAAAGAAAGAUGCCAAGAGCACAGAUAAUGACUACAGUAUGGUUGCUCUAGGAAAACAACACUCAGAAGAUGCUCCCACAGACAAUAUUAACACAGUGAAUGAAAAGGUUAGCUGUGUGUGAUAGACUAGUUGCCAUAGCAACCACAGGGGGCACACUUGGCAAAUUUUCACCUAUUCUGGGGAAAGAAAAGAAAACAGGGAGACUGGAAAAAAAAUUAGGCCAGUCUAGUAGAACCAACAAUAAUAUUUAUAUGCCUCAUUUUAUUCCGUCAAUGAAAAAAAAAAAAGCAGGGUUAAAUGAUACAAAAUGUGCACUUCAAAAAUGUUCUGACAGCAUUUCAGCUGUGAGCUUUAUGAUAUUUUUGACAUUGUAAAUGAUAUGUCUUUAAAAUAAUUAGCUUUUAUUGUAUAAUUAUAAUGAGGCCAUAAAUAAGUCUAAAUUACCUUCUAUUUCAAGUGGAAACGUUGCUACUCUGUUAAUUGAUGGCAUGAGUUGGUUACCUGUUGCUGUAAAUAACAAUAGCUAUAAAUAGUGAAAAUUGGUUGAAUAUAAUAUAAUGACCUCUUAAAGAAAGAUCUUUAAAACUUACUAUGCUACAUAUUUCGAACAACAAAAAAAGACACUAAGGACAGUGUUAUGAAAUCUGUAUUGCUAAGAUAAUUAAAUGAAAUACUUGAUGACUUUUUCAUUCCUGCUUUUUCAUAGAUGUCAUUUGGAAAUAUUCACAAAGUUGCUGGCAUUUGCUGCAUUUCAAGCUAAUUCUUCUCAGAAGUGAAAAAGUUUUAAAAUGUUAUUUAAUAACUACUGCUGCUUUCUCUUCUACUCUUUGUGCUUUAUUCUGAAUCUCCAAUGUGGUCUUGUUUAGUGUUUGUUCUACUAGGUAAACUAUCAAAAGGAUAAAUUUAACAUUACCAAAUACGUUUCUAGAAACUGCUUCUCCUCAACAGCACCAUAGCAGUGUUUGGUAACUCGCUCUUUGAUGACUGCACCGUGCAUGCACGCCUUUGAGCAGUAAGCAGUAUUGAUGUAACUGUGUCAAGAUUGAGGAAUAAACUCGGGUUUUUGGCUACUGACAGCAGAAGCUUAGGACGUCUCUGUAAAAUGCAGGUGGCUUUCCUAUUGGCACCCAUUAGGUAAACUGAUGCUUUCAGAUCAGUCUAUAUUCUUUACUAAAACUGUUCAGCUUUGGUCUCAUGAUCAUCUACUGGGUGUAUACUGUCUGUGAAGAAACGUCCUAGGUACUAAAGAUAUAAAAAUAAUUAAAACAAGAUCCCUGCCUUUAAAGAAAAUGACCUAAUUGGAAUGGUCCUCGUCAAAAAUACCAAUUAACAGGCAUUUUGAGAAUUGGUUCAAGCUGUUUUCUUCUUACCUGGGUCAGAAAAAGGCUUGUUUUUUUUUUUUUAAGAUUUUAUUUAUUUAUUUGACAGAGAGAGAGACAGCGAGAG